CCAAUGUCUAGAUGGUCAGAAACAUUAGAAGCGUUUGAUAAUAGGUUGAUAGCACAUAACCACAUAAACGAUACCACAAAUGUCCUUCUGUCUCUUCUUUUUCUCUCUAUUCUUUCAUCGCCCGUUCUCUUUUUCUCUCUCGAGAUCUGCAGCCUGUCACGUGAUGACACGGGGAAAACAGGAAGUGCCGCGUGAGCUUCAGCUCGCCGUAUCGCCGCGUUCAGACAUGGAGCUGCUUCUCAAAGUCGUUGCGUGUUUCGUCGCAUUGCUUCACUGCAGUCGAGCUCAGGCGUCGUCAUUUGAGGUGAACCUCACAGUCUUGCCGUCGGCUUUUACCUGGAAUGGCGUUGCAAAUAGACUUUCCGCUCUCCCGUCUAUUCUGACUGUGUCGCCUUCACAGGAGCCCAGUUUCCAUUCCUCUUCUGAGUUGCUGCUGUCCUCCUUUCACGGAGAUCCGGAGAUCAGCGACUACUGCCGCGAAUUGCUUCAUCUCUUUGGGCAGCGAUAUGUGUCCUACGUGGCCUGCCUCGUUUCGUCUGCUCGUCCGGUCAAGGUCUGCCUGAACUGCUUCAUGCUGUAUGACGGGUUGACUGAAAUCUACAGCAACAUAUCCCAGGUCGGCCCUGGCAAUGAGAGCUGCCAAGUCACUCUCCUCCGCUCAGACAGGCUGAUGCUACUCUAUGAGCUGUAUGAGAAAAUAACGGAGAUUUGGACAACCUCUCACUGCUCUAAUUGCCUAUUCAAUGACAGCCUGUCCAGUGACACACUGCACUACAUGACCAAGCUGAAUGAGUCACUGCGCUGCUUUGAGAGUCAGAAGAGUAACCACUCUGAGCUUUGUAAAGAGUGCAAAACAUCCUACAAAUUGCUGAAUGAUCUCUAUGGCCGGAUGGAGAAGAACAAGAGCCUGUGCAUCGAUAUUGAAGACGCAAUGAAUAUGACCCGUAUAUUGUGGAGCAAGAGCUUCAAUUGCUCCAUCCCGCGGGAGGAGACCGUGCCCGUCAUCGCCGUGUCCAGCUUCAUGCUCUUCCUGCCUAUCAUCUUCUACUUGAGCAGCUUCCUUCACUCGGAACAAAAGAAGCGUAAACUCAUACACCCCAAGCGUGUGAAAUCAAGCAACAGCCUGAUGAACAUCCAAGACAAGCACAGCUGAAAGCACAUUGGGGCUGACACAAAGGAACCAGGAAGUGCACCACGACGGUGGUACGAGGUCACAUGAUCCGAUGACGUUGGAUGAAUCACAGUGGAAAUGGGCUACUAAAGGAAGCAGACACCUGGUUUGAUUAAUCGAUUUAACUUCUGUUGAACAAAGACAAUGCUGUAAUGCUCGCUUCUUAAAUUCUUACCAAUCGACAAUUAUGAUUACUAUUGGCCAAAUUACUGUUGACUUGUGGUUUGUUUUGUAUUAUUCCUGUUUAAAAAUGCAGAAGCAAUUCAGAUUAUUCACCUGAUUCAGAAGGUGCUGCACUGUAUGAAUAUGGCACUUGAACCUACAGCAUACUGGCUACCAGUUGACCCGUAAACUGCUUGAACAGAAAAACCAGAGCUCAAGCAAUGCUGACCCUUAUUCCAGGUGACGGGAUCCAAAAUUUUAGUUCUUUGCCAAGAUUUACAGCAGGUUUGAGCAGCUUCGGUGAGCACGUGUUCAUCUUUACAUAGUCAUACAAACAUUUCCCCUUCCAUGAACAGUGUUUGGUUGAUUGUUUAGCAUUAAAUGCUAGGAUGACUGGGAUUCCACCUCAUUUUAAUGUUCAUCCUUUUUCUUGCACUGACUCAGCAGGAGUGACUGUUGGUACUUUUCCCUUUUCAGUUUUUAGAAUUUUGCAGCUGCAAGAGAAACAUUGCAGCCAGUAUUCCUUCAAAUAUAUCAUUGUUUUAUUAUUGUUUUAUAUUUGUACCUAACACUGGAUUUCUUUGUAAUUUCACAUUUAGAAAUAUUUUAUUCUGCGAUGUGUUCCUCUGUGUGAGAAUUAAGUAUGGAGAUUGUGUAUGAUAUGGAGUAUAAAAUCAUUUUCUUGGACCUUGUUACGUUAUUUAUAACUUUGAGCUUGCGGUGCACACAUUUCCUGCUUCAGUUAUUGGUGGUUAUAAUGAUAUUGAUGAUGAGACUAACAUGACCUCAGCAGGGGCCAUUACAUGUACCGUUGUCACAUUUUGUUGAAGAUGGCUGAUAGGGGGAAGUUCAAAAUAAAAUCAGAUUAAUAAAUUAAUACAUUUAAAUGGCAUCUUGUUUACUAAUUUUAUUCUUACUGGUGUAAUAUGAAAAAGAUUUUGUGGCUCACCGGCAAUACUAAGCCUAUCCCUUAAGAUCACUUUAGUCCUACGCUUCCUCCUCUUAGUCACUUCACCAUAUAUUGGUGCUCUGCCUGUGAUCUCAUCCCUUUUUGAACACUAAGAUAAUCAUUUCAGCAGCACUGUCAGGCACUGUCUAGAGCAGCAUUCAGCUUUUCAUUUUGUCUUGUAGAUGUUCACGAAAUAUUGCACUUAUUGGAAUUUGUACAGAUGAUGACCAUUGCCAUGAAAUUUUAAUUCAGUAAGAAUAAAAUCUCUCUUUUUCCCCUU